CGCAGUCCCGUCACGCCUAGCGCGCAGCCCUCGCGAGGAAACCCGGAGGUUCGCGGGGUUGGCGGCCUCAGUACGCGUGGGAAAGGGCCGCCGCCCGGCGGUUGCGCGGCCCCGCUGGGUGCCGAACCCCGGAAGAGGCUGCACUUUUCCCUCCCGCUGGAGGCGGUGGCCGCGGGUCCAAAGGCCACCACCCGCAGCCUGCAGACCUCUCAUCCAACCACGACUCCGGCUCUGGGGCCGAGGAGCAGCAUGGAGGCCGAGGACUUCCAGGAGGAGCUGACCUGCUCCAUCUGCCUGGACUAUUUCGAGGACCCGGUGUCCAUCGAGUGCGGCCACAACUUCUGCCGCGGCUGCCUGCGCCGCAGCUGGGCGCAGAGCGGCAGCCCGGUUCCCUGCCCCGAGUGCCGACAGCCGUCGGCGCCCGCUGCGAUGCGGCCCAACUGGGCCCUGGCCAGGCUGACGGAGAGAAUGCGGCGCCGGCGCCUGGGCCCCGCGCCCCACGGCCUAUGCGGCCGCCAUUGGGAGCCGCUGCGGCUCUUCUGCGAGGACGAUCAGCGGCUCGUGUGCUUGGUGUGCAGGGAGUCCCAGGAGCACCAGGCCCACACCAUGGCCCCCGUCGACGAGGCCUUCGCGAGCUACCGGGUGAGCCGGCCCUUACGGGGCUGCCGGUAUUGCCUGGGAACGUUUACUGUUCACGUUGGAAGCAUGAACCCCCAUCCUAUCCCCACCAGGCUCAGAAAAGAAAAGCUUCUGAAGACUCAACAUAGUCUGACAGCCAAGAUGAAUAAAGCCAUGCAUUUACAGGACAUGGAAGUGAAGAAUGCUGCAGAGUGGAAGGAGAAGAUGAAGAAUAAGCGAACGAGAGUCAGUGCGGAGUUUGCAAAGCUGCACGUCUUCCUGGCUGAAGAAGAGCAAUUGUUUCUUAAGAGACUGAGCCAAGAAGAAGAAGAGACAAAGAAGAAACAGAAUGAGAACACAUUAAGGCUCAAUCAAAUGAUCACUUCCAUGAAGAAGCUCAUUUUCGAGGUGGGGGAGAAGAGCCAGAGCUCCACCCUGGAGCUGCUCCAGAAUCCAAAAGAUGUGUUGACCAGGUGUGAGAACCAGGAUGUGAACUAUUCCUUUGAAGUUCUAAAGGUGAAGACUGUGUGCCGGCUACCAAUGAUGAAGGAAAUGCUGAAGCGAUUUCAAGUGGCUGUAAAUCUAGCUGAGGACACUGCUUAUCCCAAACUUGUCUUCUCCCAGGAAGGGAGAUAUGUGAAAAAUGGAGAAUCAGCCAGUUCUUGGCCACUGUUUUCUACCGCAUGGAGCUACUUUACUGGAUGGAGGAAUCCUCAGAGGACCACAGACUUUGUGGAGAGAUUUCAGCACUUACCCUGCGUUUUGGGAAAAAACGUUUUCACUUCAGGGAAACAUUACUGGGAAGUUGAGCACCAAGGUAGCCUGGAGGUUGCUGUGGGGUUGUGUCGGGAGGACAUCAUGGGGAUUACUGGUGGCUCAACAAUGUCCCCCCGCAUGGGAAUCUGGGCUCUUUGUUGGAGUUCUGCUGGCUAUUGGCCCCUGACAGACAUCUCUGUGAGGCCUACCAAGCUAGAGCCAGCUCUUCACCGGGUGGGAGUUUUCCUAGAUCACAGGGCUGGGGAAAUCUCAUUCUACAGUGCUGCGGAUGGAGAACACCUAUACACUUUUUCCUGUCCUUCCAUCUCACGUCUCCGGCCGUUUUUUUGGUUGAGUCCAUUAGCAUCUUUAGUCAUCCCACCAGCAACUGGCGGGAAAUGAGGCUGUUCUUCUCCUGCCCAAGAAUCUUUGCCUUGUGCCCCAGCCCAGGGACAUACAUCCCUUGGCCCUCAUCUUUGACUUCAUAUAUAAAUCCAUCCUAGGUGGUCCCUCAAUUCUGUCCAUUCAGAUUCCAACUUCACAUUUUGUUCAGCCCCCCUGGACAUCAUGUGCGUAGACAGAUGUGGGAGACCCUGCUGGGUAUCUCUCCAGUAGCCACUUGGCCCACUUUCUCUCCUUCUCCUCUGGUUCUUCCUAAAUGCACUGCUCAGGAUGUGCCCUCCACAUGCCUCAGGGAGACACAAGCCCAUAGGAGGGGCUUCUGGCCAGCGAGGCGGGGUGAGAAAUUCUCCAAGGUGCCUCUGAGGAAAGUUUUUUAGCUUUUUAGAAAGAGAUGUUUGGGAAGACACAGCCCCUCUCCUGAUGUUAGUAGGUAUACUGGAACUGAGAGGAGCACAGUAACCGUGGAAAAAGGAGGAGAAAUGUGGUCUUUGUUGGCAUCAUGAAAUGGUCGGAAUUUCCCUAAUCAUGAAUUUCUUGUUAUAUGAGAUUAUUGCUUCUUUAUUGUAUAAGGCAGUCUAGUUGCCUUCUGGUCACUUGCAGGCUGAAGUAUAUCCUAACCGGUGCUCUAGGCGCAUAGCUUGGACAUCUCACAGUACAGGCCUGUCUCACUUUUCUUCCUGAAAUUUGACCGCUUUAUAGAAUCCCUUUCUGUUUAGUCAUGUAAUUCCUCUUCUUUCCAGUAAGUACUGAUAUUCCUCACUUCUUGGAUUGGAAAAUUGAGGCAGUCUUCCCCUGCUCUGCCCGUGUUGUUACUCUUCACCUGACCGUGUCUCUGCCCUCAAGGGUUCAUUAUGCUCUCCAUUCGUCAGAGUCGUGUACUGUGUGCACAAGGUUAUUAACGUCAUCCUGACAAUGUUGGGAAACCCUUGUUAAGUAUUUACACUGUGCUAGCCUCUUCUCAUAAUGCUCCCACGUGACUCUUGCAACAGAGAUGGAAAUGAGAUGGAAAUUAAAAUCCUGUCUUUACAAAAGAAAAAACAAACCUUGAGAUUAAUUUGCUCAGUCCUGCCCAGCUGUCAAAUGGGCAUGUUGGGAUUGAAUCUAGAUCUGAGAGGAAAGUCCUGGUCUUUGCUACUCUACGUUCACCUUACGCUCACCUACAUGAGCACUUACUGAAUGCUGAUUGUGGUCUCCAACGCCUUUGUUUCAGGUUUUUAUUUUGUUACAUGUUUUUACCCUGUGUGAGUGUCCUCCUCUCUUUACCUUCCUGCGCUAGAUUGUAUGCACUCAGAGGUUUGUGACUGUUACUGGAGAGUUAUUUGAAAAAUAAUGAAUGUUUCUCUCUGGUUAUAAAAUCACGUACUUAUUAUAGAAACUUUGGAACAUAUAAAAAGCGUGAAGAAAAUUAAAGUUAUUGAUAAUCCCACCACCACUAACAUUUUAAUGUGUCUCCUCCCAGACUUGCAAUAGGCUUUCUGGCAGCUUCUUACAAAACUUCCAGUACCCUCCCUAAUCCCUCCUCCCCUUCCUGUGUCCCAGCCCAUCCUGGCUUGUCUUCCUUUGCAGCUGGAGCAAUCGCCCUCAUUCAGUGAUUUCUGCUGAGUUCUCCUUAACUCUCCAAGAUCCUUGCUGUUAUGAGUUGAAUGAAUUCUGUCUUCCAGAGAAAAAGAUAUGUUGAAGUCCUAGCUGUGAAUGUGACCUUAUCUGGAAAUUAACAUGAGGCCAUUAGGGUGGGACCUAAUCCAAUAUCACUAGUAUCCUUAGAGGGAAUUUUGUACACACACACAUACACUUACAUACACAGAAAUGCCAUGUGAGGACACAGAGGGAAGAUGGCUAUGGGAGAGGCUGGAGUUAUGCUGUCACAAGCCAAUGAACGCCUGGGGCUGCUAGAUGCUGGAAAAGGCAAAGAAGAAUCCUCCCCUAGAAGCUUCUGAGGGAUCAUGGCCCUGCAAACACCCUCAUUUCAGACUUCUGGCCUCCAGAACUGUGAGACAGUAAAUUUCUGUUGUUUUAAGCCACCCAGUUUGUGGAACUUAGGAAUUUAACACACUUGCCCAUCAGGACUUCCUUCAGUACUGUGAAAUAAUAUUCAUAUUUUAUGGCAAGACAAGAAAAAUUUAAACAUAAAAAAAUUUUCUCUGCCCAUUGGUCUGUGUCCCUGCACUGUGCAUCGUGUCUGCAUUAUGCAUCGACCAAACCUCCCCCAUCAGCAGAAAUACCUGCUCAACCAUAAAGAGCAGCAUUCUCCUAGCAUCAACAGGACAGCUCCCUCGAAGAUCACAUUCCUUCUUGAUAAGGGGUCACAUGGUGCUUAGAUCCGAUGUAAACUGUCAUUAAUAUGUCAUUUGAUGUACAGCCCCCAUCUCAAAAAACUUGUAUAACUGUGCCUUGACUUCUAACGGGUGGAAUGGUUCUCAGAUACUCUUCCUGGAUUAUAAUCCUCAAAUUUGGCUCGAAUAAAAUUUUCCAUUUCCUUCUUAGAUCGAUUAGUUUUUUGUCGACAAUACCUACAUUGUUAAUUUCCAGUCCUUGGGAAACUCAUUAGUACCUUUCCUCCACUCUUCUUUCUGGGCUGUUGAACCAGGUUGGUUGGUUCUGCUACAAAGACUUGUUCUCUGACUUCGAGUAGGCUCUUUGGGCUGCUUGGUAAACAAGCUUGGUCUUAAAUUCCUUUUUACAUCUUCUGAUGGCAGUGAUUCCAGACCUUUUCCUCUUUUCUCAAAGAAAAGGCCUUUAUAAGCCUCCCUUUAUACUACUAUAAUGGAGGUAAAACUUUGCCUCUGCUUAUCUGAGGUUUUCAGCUGGGACUCUAACGAAAAGAAAGAUUAACAAGAAAAAGUUUAACACAUGCAACACAUGCAGGAGAAACAUAAAAUGAAUACUAACUCAAAGCCUUGGCUUAGAAUUCUGGCUUUCAUAGUAUCUUCGACAAAGAACAAUAAAAUUGUGGAGAGAUGAUAGGACAAAGGUAAGCAGUUUUAGUCUUCCAAGGGUGGCAGACUGUGUGAGGAAACAAAUGGGUCAGUGUGUGUUUGCAGAUUCUUCUGGCACUGCCUCUGGGCUGCAUCUGUCUCCGGUAAAAGAAGAAUUUAUAUCCUGCCUUUAGGGUUUCUGGGUUUGCUGCCUCUUAAUUGCCUUCAGCUCAAAAUGAUUUUUAUGUCAAAGAGGCAUAUUUUGGGGUGACACAUUCUGGUUUCCAUCAGUACUUAUUAUUGCAAAGAACUUGCAUCUUUUACUGAGAAAAAAUUUUUUCUGUUCUACCCAUCUGAUUAACAAUUUUUUGCCUCUAUUUUGGGUCUUGAUAUUGGACUGUCUCUCAUCUCUUCAGGUAUGGAAUGGGACCCAGUUGUUGUAUUGGUUAAAAAUAAACUCUUCUGAUGCUUCUGAUGUACAAACAGGAUUGAGAAUAAAUGUGUCCCAGUCAGUUUCCUAUUUUA